GUGAUCUUCAGUUCUUCAAAAUUUUAUUUGCACGCGUUUUUUUUAAAGUAAAUUGCGAAAUAAUGUCCGCUCAAGAAGAACAAUAUACAAAAUAUUUAAACGAGAAUGGCAUAUUGCCGCGAUUGCUGCAAAUACUGGAGCAAUUAGUGAAUAUUGAUCCGUUGCCAACGGAUCCGCUAAUGGAAAUUCUGCACGCACUCGGCUGCCCCCUCAUACCGCAGGCCCAAAUGAAAGCGCUGGAGCGCAAAGUAUCGCGGGCACAGGAUGAGCUGCGCUAUCUGCGACGCGUGCUGAUCGAGCUGGGCGGGCAGGACGAGCUCUACGACAGCGACACGGACGAAAAUGAGUAUGUGGGCCAUGUGGGAGAAAUGGGCGCUGCGCCACUCUACUCGCCAGAUUCCGCCGACGAGGAGGAGGCUGAGCAAGACGAUCAGGAUUGCUCUAUGCCCAGACGAACACCGCAGCCACAGUACGUUUUGGAAGCGUCUAUUGCCAUUAGGGAGGAGCAGCCGCAGCACGCCGAAUACGAUGAGGAGCAGCCCUGCUGCAGCCACUCCAUACAGGCCAAUGCGCAGCAGUUUUAGAGUUCAAUUUAUGUAUCGAGUACAUAUAUCCGCACUAUAUAUCAUAUAUAUAUAUAGCUAUAUACUGUAUAAUUGCAUGCGCCCUGAGAGGAAUUCACAAUUUACAUUUAUCAAUUUUUGUUCAACAGAUGCAUUUUACAAUGUGAAUCGAUUAGACAACGCCAGAUCGUUGCAGAUUAUGUAAACCUAUAUAAACAAUUACGAAAUAAGCAUUAAGUCCACGCUAGAACGUGGCGUAUCACAUAAUUCCAAAAAGUUACAAGUUUUUUACAUAUAUUUUGUUAAGCGAAUGCAUUUUGAAAAAAAUUAUAAAAAAUUAAGUUAAAAGCCAACAUUUAAUUGUUGCACAUUAUGUUAAAGUAAUACUAUAGCGCCGACCAUGUAUAUAUAUAUAUAUGGCAGAUCCUUGAACAGUAUAUAAGAGAAUUACUGUAGCUGUAAUGAUAUGGAAUGUUCGGUCGUAGACCUUGGGAUCUAGGAUUGAUUCGCAACAUAUUAAUUUCUGAAAAUCCUACUUUUUCCAAUCAAAAUAUAAAAACUAAUUUUUAAACUAAAGUUAAAAGCUUAUGAAAA